AAGAGAGCAGAUGAGCCUGAGGAGGAGGAGGAUGAUGAUGAUGAUGGUGAUGAGGAGGAGGAGGGCCUCUUCGGAAAACGAAAUCUCUCAUGAAAUGAUAACUUAGGAGCAAAGCACAUGAUCUAGAUGCUCACGACGGUCUGUGGUUUUCCUCUGGCAGAGGAGCGGCUUUCCUCUGACCUCCUUCAUUUUCACCCCGGCGUUGAUCUUAUUGUCGAAUCUCUUUCACACCCCUGCAGCGCUUCGUGUAAGCGGCGGUGCUGCCGCACACGCCGUUCACGCACUUGGCGUGCCGACAGCUUCGAUACACUUCAGCGUGACCGCUGACACAUCUGCCUUUCGGGAUGCCCGGGCGCGAUCCGCACGAUGCUUUCGCAUUUGUUCUACCCCGGCGGUUCCAUCCUGUCCUCCGAAAGUCCUUCUUCUACCCUAACGACGACGCGGCGUGUAAACGGGGCGUACCGUCGGGCCGAAGAGAGCGGUCGUCUGCCCGGACCCCGUGCGCUCGAAGCCCUGGAGGAGGUGGCGGCGAGCGCCGCUACCCUUUCGUAAGGGGAAAGGACACUUGAGGCCCGAUUAUGACCCCGCGCGUCAUGUCAGGCUCCCGGCUUUGGGGCGGUCGGCUCCGAAGUCCCGGCCAUUAAUGCAAGCCGACAUGUCGGCCAGGAAAAGAAAUCCUUUUCAGGCUCCCUGACUGAGCCAACGACACGGCGCUCUAGGGCCUGGGCUUCUGGCCAGAAGGUUGUUGGUUCAUGUCCCCGGACACGCUGUGUAGGAGACAAACUGGGGAAGGUGCCCCACCCAGACCAGCUCUUUACGUGUGUGCGCCUUGUGAUAUAUGCGCUGCGCAGCCUUAAGCGUUCACUUGGCAAACCGCACACCAACAGAACGUCGAUUUUGGGGUCUGUGGUUGAGGCACAUUAUUCAUCAGCUUUACAGCAUGGUUCAGGCCUUGGGGUCCUGGGUUGAGCUGGAGAUGAAUGGGAACACACCUGUGAACAUCCCCCUGUCAGCAGACUUGCCCCCAUCAGCCUCUUCCUCGGGCAAUGGAAACGAGGGGGAGGGGCCAGGUCAAAUUGGUCUGGGGGUUUUGCCCGAGGACAAGGAGGAGAGCAUGGCUGGUGGCCUGGAGCACGUGCCUUCGUCCUCUUCCAUCCACAAUGGCGACAUGGAGAAGAUCCUGUUGGACGCCCAACAUGAGUCCAGCCAGAGCAGCUCUUCCUGUGACAGUCCUCCUCGACCCCACAGCCCCGAUCGAAAUGACGGUCAGAUCACUUUCGACGUGGAGAUGCCCAGCAGAAGAGAGAGCCAGUCAGAAGAAGUUCUGGAGAAGGAGCAAGAGGAGGACCUCCUGAUGAUCAAGGGUCCUGACUGGUUGGUGGACUGGUCCAGCCGACCUGAAAACAUCCCCCCAAAGGAAUUCCACUUCCGGCACCCCCGGCGGUCACUCACGCUCAGCAUGAGGAAGACUGGUGCCAUGAAGAAAGGGGGCGUCUUCUCUGCCGAGUUCCUCAAAGUUUUCAUUCCCUCGCUGCUCCUGUCUCACAUCCUGGCGCUUGGAUUGGGGGUUUACAUUGGGAAGAGGCUGACCACGCCCUCCACCAGCUCCUUCUGAAGAAGACCUGAAUAAGUGCCUGGGAUCCAUUGACUCAUCAUGUUGGAGUGUCACCCCCUGCCCCCAAGGCCUCCCCUCUCCUUCUUUUGGUCUCCCCUUCACUCUCGUUCUUCCAUCUGAACCUUGGAGCCUCGGGCUGUUUGCUCUGCCUUCCUCUCUCCGUUUCUCUGUGCCUCCGCCUCUUCAUGGGAGAGGCUCCUUAGCCACUCCUCGGACCAUGCCCCUGUACCCCUCCUGAGCCUCCGCCACCUGAGGGAAGGGCCCUCAGCCAGUCCUAAAGCCACACCUCCUCCUGUUCCCCUCUGUCCCCAUCCCCGACACCCUGGGAUGUCACAGUGUGUGGAGUGUUAGCACCAUGAUGUUCAAUGUGUUGUAAAUUUGACAUGUCUCUGUUUUUCCCUUUGCUUUUUGGGGAACAUCCCCCCCGCCCCCUCCACACUCCGGCACAGCCAGCCUUGGACUCGGUUGGGGGGGGGGUUGUGUGCUGGACACAGUCUGAACGCCACCCUUCCUCUCAUUGGUCCAUCUCUGAGUGCGGUCAGGAACGCACACUGCAAACCCUGACUGGCUCUUUUUUUGACAGUUAUAGAACCUGGGAGCACAAGAAAACUUGGGGGUAAAUGCAGGUAAACGCGAGGGUGCUGUUAGUAUAAACACCAGGGGUAGGGUAAGUGCUGUUGAGGGCAGUAGAGGAGGGUAUGGAAGUGGUUUACCAUGGCCUUCUUCCACGUGUGUUUGGGUCGAGAACACAGGAGAACAUGCUAAGUCCACACAGUCUGAGCUGGAUACAAACCUAUGUCCACAUGAGCUUUUACCCCCUGCACCACCAUGUUGGAUUAUUAUUAUUAUUAUUAUUAUUAUUAUUAUUGUCAGUGCUGUUGUUGUCAGGGCUGUUGGAAGUUUUGUUUUCUGGAUUUGUUUGAAGCUGCGUCCACUCGUGACAACUUGUCCCGCUGGGGCUGAGCUGAUAGGUCGUUACACUCUGUCUUGAUGGCCGAACUUGAUUGUGAUCCCCUUCCUCUCAAGAGCCAGGGGUCCGAGCCCCUUCCCAUUUAGGAAUAGCUGCUUCCUGAAUGCUUGUUGCCAUGGUUCCCGGUGGAGAGGGGCAGGUUACUUGACUUCAGCAUACCCUGUCGCUCCUGUUCGCCUGUCCCUCGCCGGUCACUCCAUCCCUUCUAAGGUCCUCGUCUGCUGUGUCUCGCUGUUCCCGCUAAACUCUCACUCAUCCUUCCCAUGUGCCUCCUCUGCCUUCCACAGUCUGCACAGACACCGAGGUUCUGGAAAGCUCCUGUGACACGGGGUGGUCCCUGUGGGCUCAGCGUUGGUCUUCGUGAUCACGUUUCUGUUUUGCUCUGAGCAUAUUGCUCUGCUCAGCCGACAGUUUUCACUUUGGUUUGUGUGUUGCUUUGCGCCGCUGUCGCUACCCUUUCCCUGUGUGCCCUGCCCUCUCAGUUUUCUGCUGUAUCUCACUGUGACCUCUCCUGUAGCAGAGACUCAGUAGACUGGCCACGAGGAGGCGCUGUGGGCUGAGUAUACUGGGGUGGGGGGCAGUUGUGUAGGGGCAGUGAGGGGUGGGGCUUCAGGGACACAGAGGCUCGCUGCUGCUGCUUCUCUGCUUUCUUUGUGACACCUGGAAAAGCGGAAGGAGACACUCUGCUCCCAGGGAGUAUCUCCUUCUCGCAGUUAUAUUAUUAUUAUAUUAGUAAGUUAAAAUCAGUUGUUUUCUCUUGAAUUGGAAACAAGAAAUUAAAGUUUUAAAAUGUAA